AUGUUCCUGAGCUCAGAAGGCUCCGGGUUGGUGUCCGGAGGCCUCGAUUCGAAAGACUUCGUCAAGCUCUGCCGGGAGAUUGGUCGCGAGGACGUCGAUCUUCAAGAGAUCGAUGUGCGCCGGCAGUACAGACAGGUUCAAGAUCGCACGGCAGGACCGCAGAAUGGUUCGCCGCUGGAAAGGGCCAUGCCGGAUCUACUCCGAUUGCCGUCUUUCGAUCGCAUACUCUCCUGCGAGUCGCUUGAUUCCUUGGAGUCUUUCCACAGUAUGCGAGUUCACCGGUGGGCUGAUCGAGGACAUUUCAACGCAACAACCUACGACGACGAUGAUGACAGCAUGACCUCAAGACCACGAGAU